AUGUGUCCACGCCCGGAAAAGCCUAUCAGAUCAGAUUCGCCCUGCGGAGCGUUCAGACUGGCCAUGGCAUCGUCUCUCUCUGCACUGGAGGAGAACCUGAAGUGUCCGAUCUGUUUAGAACUCUUCAGGGAUCCAGUGCUUCUGCACUGCAGUCACAGUUUCUGCAGGACCUGCCUGGAGAGCAGCUGGAGUCUGAAGGACGUGAGAGAAUGUCCUCUCUGCAGGAAAACCUCUGAGGGCUCCCUCCUGAACAUCCUUGUGCUGAAGGAGGCCUGCGAUUCAUUGUUGGAGGAGAAGAAACGAAGGAUUUCAGCAGGACCUCAAGGUUCUCUGGAAUCUCAGGGUUCUCAGGAAUCUCAGAGUUCUAAAAAGUCUCAGGGAUCUCAGUGUUCAGACCAUGCUGAGAAGCUGCAGCUGUACUGUGAGGACGACCAGAAGCUGGUGUGUCUGCACUGUGUGUCUGGAUACCAUGAAAAUCACAGCUUCUGCUCUAUUGGGAAAGCUGCCAGAGACCGCAGAGAGAAACUGAAGACUACUCAGGAGUCGUUGGAGGAAAACCUGAAGGCAUAUGAUGACUUUAAAACCAACUGUGAUGAAAUUACCAAGCACAUCAAAUCUCAGGUCCAGCAGACUGAGGAUAAGAUCAGGGCGGAUUUUGAGAAGCUCCAUCAGUUUCUCAGGGAAGAGGAGGAGGCAAGGAUCACUGAACUGAAGGAGGAAGAGGAGAAGAAGAUUAAAAAGAUGGAAGGGAUGAUUGCAAAAGCUGAUAAAGAGCACCGUACACUGUCCGAUCUGAACAAAGAAGUGAAAGAUGUUUUGGAGACUGAAGAUGAACAUUUCCUUCAGGUAAGUGAUUAAUCUGAUCAAUGGAAAACAGACUGGGUGUGAGGUCCUGACAGAAAAGAUUAACUCAUUCUUUUACC